AGGAUGCGCAAUUCCAUGAAAAUGUGCAAUUGAUUGUGAACUGCUUCUGCGAUAAAUUUUUGUUGGAUUUUUGGAAUGGGUAUCGGUCGAAUGCGUCGAGUGCAACAAUGGUUAUUAUUUGCUCGCCAAUGGCAUCUUAUAGAUGCUACCGGCCAGGAUGUUUGGAUACUUGGCAAAAAAGUUGCAAAUUACUUAGCUGGUAAACACAAACCAAUUUAUCAUCCAUUCACUGAUUGUGGUGAUCAUGUCGUGGUGAUAAAUUGUAAAGAUGUUGCAAUGCAUGGUUUCAGUUGGAAAAAUCAGCGAUUUUUCUUUGAUAAGGAAAUGCCAAAAUCAAAGGUCGAAUAUCCAGCUUGGCAAAUUCAAGAUUUCGAUCCAUGCAGACUAAUGCAUAUGACAGUAUACAGAGGUCUUGAUCAUAAUCAGCUUCGCAAACGAUUAAUCGAAAGAUUACAUCUGUUUGCGGAUGAUCAAAUGCCAAUGUUUGUGCGGAGGAACAUUGGAAAUCACAUGGAGCAAGUGCAACGUGUUCCAAAACGAUCCGACGAAUAUACAGCGGAAGAACGAGCCAAAUUUCCAAGGCUAUUCAAAUUUGGAGAUGACCAUUUCGUCGAUUGGGAACGACCCGUGGAAGACCCUGGCCAGUGGGUUGGAAAAGAUAGAUCUCCAUUCAAUCCUUAUUAUCAAAACGAUUCAUGAUGCACAUAAAUCGAGAAAUAUUCUGGAAUGCAAUAAUUUAUGCAUUGCUGCUUCUAAUUCAUUUUAGCCGGUCAGCUUUUUCGGGCGCACCAUUUUUUCUGUUGUCGUUAGCAGGUGCCAUUGAUUUAGAUGUAGUUUAGAUCAGAGACAACUAUAGCUUUUAGUGAG